CGCAAAAGAACUUCCCUCAAUAGAAUGCUUUCAUAGUACUCUUGGUGGUAAUAUAACAUCAGAAGACUAUGAACAUGCUAAUCUAGUAUGGGAAAAAUUCGGAUGUAAAACAUUUGGGGAUUAUCAUGAUAUUUAUCUCAAAGCAGAUGUAAUGCAACUCUGUGAUGUGUUUGAAGCAUUCAGAGAUACUGCAAUGGAAUACUAUGAAAUAGAUCCAGCAUACUAUAUUUCAACAGCAUCUUAUGCUUGGGAUGCUAUGUUAAAAUACACCAAUAUUGAGUUAGACUUAUUUACAGAUACACUUAUGCAUGAUAUUACAGAAAGUCAAAAACGUGGUGGAGUAUCUAUGGUCUCAAAAAGAUAUGGUAAAGCAAAUAUCCCAAAAUGCUCAGGAUAUAAUAAAAAGCGUCCAAAAAAAUACUUAAUGUAUGUAGAUGCAAAUAAUUUAUAUGGAUGGGCAAUGUCUCAAUAUCUCCCAACUGGUGGUUUCAAGUGGAUUAAUCCAAAUAAUGCUCCAGAUAUUAUGAGUAUCCCAGAAAAAGGUCCAAAGGGAUAUACAUUUGUAGUUGACCUUAGUUAUCCUGAAGAGCUACAUAAUCUUCAUAAUGACUACCCACUAGCUCCAGAAAAUAUCGAAAUCACAAAGGAUAUGCUAUCAAAGAAGCAAAAUGAGAUAAUUAAUAAAAAAGUUAAAACCAUUGAUCCAAAAACCGGUAAAGAAAAAGAAGUAAAAGAAUGUACUUUUGUGAAAGAAUUCGACCAAUCACCUUGGCUUGCACCAUUUAUUGAAUUUAAUACAGAUAUGAGAAAAAAUGCUAAGAAUGAGUUUGAAAAAGACUUCUUUAAACUCAUGAAUAAUUCAAUAUAUGGAAAGACUAUGGAAAAUAUUCGAAAUUAUACUGACAUAAAGUUAAUAAAGCUCAAUGAUGACUGGCAAUCAGAGCAUGCUGUGAUAAAGAAUAUAGCCAAACCUAGAUGCAGAGAUUUCAGAGCUUUUAAUGAUAACUUAUGUGCAGUGCAUCUAGGUAAGGAAAAAGUAUUACUUAAUAAGCCAAUAUAUGUAGGAUCAGCUGUAUUAGAUCUCAGCAAGCUCUGGAUGUAUCAAUAUUGGUAUGACUAUGUUAAGCUCGAAUAUG